AUGUUAUCAAUAGAAGCUUUAACUAUUUUAUUAUUAUUUUUUAUUUUUUCUGUCAAAGGACAGAUAAAUUUUGGUACUGUCAAUCUAGGACGUAAUUCUCAAACAGGAGAUGUUGAAUUUGGUUUUAAUCAAUUUGCAAAUCUUUUUAGUUUUGGUGGUGAUAAUGGUUUCAAAGUUAAUGCUGGUGAUGGAAGAUUUGGUUUAACGGGAAAUCAAGGAGGUUUAAUUGGUGGUGAAAGAAUUGGUACAAACUCUGGAAUUAAUGUUGACCAGAAUAGAGGUUUAAAUCUUGGUAGUAUGUUAAAUUUCGGUAACCAACCAGUUAAUCCUUUAGAUCCAGCCGGUCAAUUAAAUACAUUCAUUAAUAAUAUUGGACACUUUUUUCAAAAACUCUCACCACCACCUGUUACACCUGUUAUUUUACCAGGUACUAAUAGAAAUUCAAUUUCUGGUAUUUCCCAAAUUACAACUGAAAAGUCAUUAACAGUCCCACCUGAAUUAGGUAAGAAAUUUGAUGAGGAAGACAAAGAAAAUAUUAAAAUGUUUCCAACAUUAGUACCAGAAAUAAUUGGGGAUAAAACUACUAUUAAAACUAUAACAACAACAAAUAAUGAUUAUGAUACACUUAUUGAUGGUGAAAAUAUUAGUAGUUCUAUAAAAAGUAAUCUUAAUAAUAAUAAUGAAUCGGAAGAUAAAGAUCUCAUACAAACAUCAUCAAAUAUUGAUACUUCAGUUGAAGUGAUAGAAAAACCAGUUAAAUCAUUAAAAAGAAAUAAAAAAAGAAGAGGUCCACCAGCACCGGAAGGUAUGGCAUUUAUAGAUGAUAAAGAUUCAUUAACAAGAAGAAAAAUGUUUUAA